UGCAAGCACUCGAGAUGGAGCACCAGGGAAUGGUUUCUGCACAGAGCACUGUGUUAUCCAGCCAGCUUCACAUAAUCAAAGAAGCCCCAUAAAAAAGCCUCAUCUGGACAGCAGAUAUUUCAAAGUUUAGGCAAAAUAAACAACUAUGCAUACUUGGAAAGUGUGGGUGAUCUACAUAGCUUUGGCUGCACUCCUCCCUGAAGAACAAGCCCUGGGACAGGCCUGUCUUUCUUGCGAUGCCACUCAGUCUUGCAACUGCUCUUCCAUGGGUUUGGACUUCAUUCCCUCGGGGCUCACGGGCAAAAUCACGGCGUUAAACCUGGCCCACAACAGGAUAAAGCUGAUCCGGGCACAUGAUCUGCAGCAGGCUGUGAACCUGAGAGCCCUGCUGCUGCAGUCCAACCAAAUCAGCUCCAUAGACGAGGACUCGUUUGCCUCCCAGGGGAAACUGGAGCUGUUGGACUUGUCAAAUAACAGCCUGGCUCACUUGUCCCCGGUGUGGUUUGGGCCCCUUUUCUCACUCCAGCACCUCCGCAUUCAAGGCAAUUCCUACAGCGACCUGGGAGAAAGUUCCCCCUUUUCCAGCCUGAGAAACUUGAACUCCCUCCACCUGGGCAACCCACACUUCUCCAUCAUCAGGCAAGGAAACUUUGAGGGCAUUCCGUUUCUCAACACGCUGAAGAUUGACGGUGGCAAUCUCAGUCAGUACGAACCUGGAAGUCUGAAAUCGAUUAGGAAGAUAAAUCACAUGAUCAUAAGCGUGCGAAGGAUUGAUGUAUUCUCAGCAGUCAUCAGGGACCUUCUGCACUCUGCCAUUUGGUUAGAUGUAAGAAAACUAGCAUUCAGUGUUCCUGAAAAAAUACAACUUUUGAGAAUUAUGUCUUCCUCUUUCGCAAACAAAAUAUCUUUAAAACAGUGCUUAUUUACAGAUGCUACUGUACCUGUGAUUGUCAGCAUUUUAGAAGGCAUGCCAAGAUUAAUGGAGGUGGAGAUGAAAGACUGUACACUCUUGGGCACUGGUCAGUGGUAUACACAAAUUCAUGCAAAGCAGUCACAAUCUCUGAGGGUUCUGACAAUAGAAAAUUUAUCUAUAGAAGAAUUCUAUUUGUUUACAGAUCUCCAGUCUGUACUAAAUCUACUGUCUCUUUUUAGGAGAGUCACAGUUGAAAAUACCAAGGUGUUUCUGGUACCAUGCAAACUUUCACAACAACUUCUGUCAUUGGAGUAUCUUGACCUUAGUGCAAAUUUACUUGGCGAUCAGAGUUUGGAGCAUUCGGCCUGUCAGGGUGCAUGGCCUUCAUUACAAACUCUAAAUCUUAGUCAGAAUUCAUUGAGUGACUUAGAAAUGACAGGUAAAAGCUUGUUUCAUCUAAGAAACCUAACUCUCUUAGACAUCAGUGAAAACAAUUUUGGUGAGAUUCCAGAUGUGUGUGAAUGGCCUGCAAACCUGAAAUACCUGAAUCUCUCCAGCACUCAAAUUCCCAAAUUAACACGUUGCAUUCCCACAACUCUUGAAGUGCUGGACGUUAGUGCUAACAACCUGCAGGAUUUUGGUCUGCAACUGCCAAAUCUGAAGGAGCUGUACCUGACAGAAAACCAUCUGAAGACCUUGCCCGAAGCUGCAGGCAUUCCUAACUUAGUGGCCAUGUCGAUCAGCAGAAACAAGCUCAACAGCUUCUCCAAGGAAGAGUUUGAGUCCUUCAAGCAAAUGGAGCUGCUGGAUGCCAGCGCCAACAACUUCAUUUGCUCGUGCGAAUUCCUCUCCUUCCUUCAGCGUGAGGCAGGGAUAACCCAGGCGCUUGUGGGGUGGCCAGAAAGCUACAUCUGCGACUCUCCGCUGGCGGUGCGAGGGGCACAGGUUGGGAGCGUGAGGCUGUCGCUGAUGGAGUGCCACCGGUCCUUCCUGGUGUCUUUGAUCUGCAUUCUGACGUUCCUGUUCAUCCUGAUCCUGGUGGUCAUUGGGUACAAGUACCAUGCGGUCUGGUACAUGAGAAUGACCUGGGCAUGGCUCCAAGCCAAGCGGAAGCCCAAGCGAGCCCCCGCGAAAGACGUCUGCUACGACGCCUUUGUCUCCUACAGUGAGAACGACUCCAACUGGGUGGAAAACAUCAUGGUGCAGCAGCUGGAGCAGGCGUGUCCACCCUUUAGGCUGUGCCUCCAUAAGCGGGACUUUGUGCCCGGGAAGUGGAUUGUGGACAACAUCAUCGACUCCAUUGAGAAGAGCCACAAGACCCUCUUUGUGCUGUCGGAGCACUUUGUGCAGAGCGAGUGGUGCAAGUACGAGCUGGAUUUCUCGCACUUUCGCCUCUUUGACGAGAACAACGACGCGGCGAUCCUCCUCCUGCUGGAGCCCAUUCAGAGCCAGGCGAUCCCCAAGAGGUUCUGCAAGCUGCGCAAGAUAAUGAACACCAAGACCUACCUGGAGUGGCCUCCUGAUGAAGAGCAACAGCAGAUGUUUUGGGAGAACUUGAAAGCAGCUCUCAAAGCCUAGAUAGGAUCAUUAAAAACUGAGUCCCUAGCCAUCCUCUUCUGGAUUUAUUUCCAUUGCCUUUUUGUGCCUUUAUCUAGCUGUAUCUAACAGAGGUCUGAGCUACUGUAAUUGCUGUUACUUGCUUUGAAAUUGUACUAUUCUUGUCUCUGUGAUCAUGACAUUUCUAAGCAUUUUAAUCAGCAGUCUUACCUAAAGCAGUUUUGUUUAAAGAUUUGCUGUUGAAAAGUUUUUUAGAUACACAACUGUCUAUUUUAUAUAGCUUUAUCUUUGCAAAAGCUUUACAUGAGAGCCUGCUUAGCCUAGGUUUAACCACUUCAAUUGCAUCCUAAUGUAAGACAGUUUAUGCAGCAAGGAUUUUCCUCCUAGCUCCAUACUGAGUAGAUCUAAGGACUGAUUCUCAAUAGUAUUUCAUGAUCGUGGUAAGUUAAAUGUCAAAAUCUUCUAAAAAUCAUAGCUGCAAACUUUAAUCUACAUACGUGCUUUCACACUGUGAUGCUUGUUCUUUCUUAGUGAAGAGAUGCUUCAGAGGAGGAUCCAUACACUUUUUUGACUUGCUUAAGUGUAGUUGUUGAAGUGCUCACCUGAAGUGUGUCAACACAAUACCAAUGUAGUCUUUAAUUUCAAGACCAUACUCUUCUCUCCAAUCCACCAGCCCAAAGUGGGUGUUCCUCACCUUUUUUCUCUGCAACUUAGUCCGCAAAACCAGAGCAGCUGAAGACUUUCCCACCUCAAGCACUGUUGGAUGGGCUCAUGUUAUCUUAGGAAGAUGGCUGGGACAAGGAUUGUAACUGCUGAAGAAGUGGAGUAAACAGAGACACCACCACCAAGCUCUUCCUUCAGAUGUCAUCCGAAAAUGAAGGGGAGUCUCAGGUGGCACCUGUCCUGGAGAUGCAGAGAGUUUCAGCCGACCCUUAACAGCUUGAAUCUGGUCAGCCUAAUAACUAACUGUCUACUUGAUCAGGUCAGUGUUUAGGCAUAAUGUUCUUGGGACUGACAUUUGCAGGUAUGCACAGAAGCAAAUCUUGAAAGGCUUCCCAUGGAAACGUUUACAGUACUUAUUACUUUAUCUGGGGUUAGAUGAUAGAAUCAUGAACAGCUUGAGUUGGAAGGGAGCUUAAGGACCACUUAGUUCCAAAGCUCUGCCAUAGUGAGGAAUACCUUCCAGUAGGAAAGGCUGCUCACAGUCCUAUCCAACCUGGCAUCCACAGCUUCUCUGGGCAGCCUGUGCCAAUGCCUUGCUGUUCUCUGAGUAAAGAAUUCCUUCCUAACACUUAAUCUAAUUCUAUUGUAUUUUAGUUUAAAUAAGGAGGAAAUCACUUUGGAUGCUACAAGCAGUUCAGAAAUAGAGCAGGCAAAAUGAUUUGUCCUUAAAGUCAGUGAAUAUCACAUGUUCUAAUUCUGAACAUGCACUUAUUAAAAAAGGGGAAGGGGCUCAAUUAUUAGAAGUUAAUGCAGCCCAUAACUAACUGAACAUCAAAACAAGUGUAUGUGUAAAGGCCAAAAGAGAAAAGUCUUCCGCAUCCUCCACUGCCUUCACAGUACAAGCAGUUAGACCAGCAUUUCCUCUACCAACAGACACAUACCUCCAGCUACCUCUGCAACAGGAAAUAUUUGCCAAAAUUUCAGGUGGCUUUUCCUCCACAGAGAGUUCUAUGUGACUACCAAGCAUAUAAUGAACAUUACUGCGAUUAGGUCUUCCUCCAAGUGGACAUUGGGAUAUGUAGGAAUUACAGUACAGCAGCUCUUGUAAGAGGCAAGGGGAAAAAAAAGAAAAAAAAUCUAAAAGUAAUCUUACAUUACCUUACAUUAAUAAGAUGAUGAAACUAUUUGGGUGCUAUGUUUCAGACUUUGAUGUAUACAAAGCCAUUAUCUGACUUAAAAUUCUUCUUAUCUGCUACACAACUUCCUGUUGUAAAAAUUUUAACUAGAAGUCACUAGCAAGGUAUUUAACAAUGAAACAAACUUUAAAUAUUGGCACUUCCUUUUUUUUUUUUUUAAUGGGUAUAAUAAGAAAAUAAGUACUUCUUUUCUAGCACAAUCUUCUCAUUAAAUGCAGCAAUUUCUUUAAAAAAUGCCUUCCUAAUAUGCUGUAAAGUCCUUCUGUAAUGUGGAAAGAGACCCGAUCUUGCAAAAGGGUACAUAGCACAGCAGAAUUGUACCAACCAGCUAUACCAAAAGCUACUUUGUCUGGUCUUUUUUACAAUUAAGCAUGAAAUAUGCAUAGGGCAGUGCACAGGAAAAUAUCCAACACUGCAUUCUCACUAAUUUCUCACUUCUGUUCCAGAUAUAGGAAGUAAUUAAUGUAUAGGACUAUGCUUACAACUGGUCAGCCCAUGUAAUACAUGUUCCCACCUAAUCUGUUGUUAAGGAAAUUGGAGAUAAAAAUUACCAGUAGGUAAAUCUUGGUGUCUUCCUUAGCUGAAGUCAAAGAGAAAGUACUGGGUUAAUGUUUUGAAUUGUCUUCACUACUUUUUUUUUGGAGGAGUAAGAUUAAAUUUAAAUAUCCUCCUCACAUACUGUGAAGUCACAAAAGUGGACUUUAAAAAAAAUUAUUUUAACUCAAGCAGUUUUCUACAGAUACAGCAGCAAAUCUUCAACAGAUAUUUCUUAUGCUGGAGAAAAAAUGUAGUUUACUAAGAGGAGGGGAAAAAUAGCACUUGUUCUGAAAGUGGGUUAUACCAAUCUCAUUAUUUAAAGAACAAAAGCCACUGCAUAGUCCUAAAACUUUACAUACUUUACAUUAAAACACUCCUCUCAUUAUAUAAAUUAUUUAAGAACGUCUUAAAAUCAAGGAGGAAGAUAUAAACAUACUUUUUUUUUUUUUUUU